AUGGGCCAAUACCACCCUCCCAAGGGCCAAUACCACCCAAGGGCCAAUACCUCCUAUGGGCCAAUACCACCCUCCCAAGGGCCAAUACCACCCUCCCAUGGGCCAAUACCACACUUCCAAGGGCCAAUACCUCCCUCCCAUGGGCCAAUACCUCCCUCCCAAGGGCCAAUACCUCCCAUGGGCCAAUACCACCCUCCCAAUGGACAAUACCACCCUCCCAUGGACCAAUACCUCCCUCCCAAGGGCCAAUACCACCUUCCCAAGCGCCAAUACCUCCCUCCCAUGGGCCUAUACCUCCCUCCUAAGGGCCAAUACCACCCUCCCAUGGGCCAAUACCUCCCUCCCAAGGGCCAAUACCACCCUCCCAUGGGCCAAUACCUCCCUCCCAAGGGCCAAUACCACCCUCCCAAGGGCCAAUACCACCCUCCCAUGGGCCAAUACCACCCUCCCAAGGGCCAAUACAUACCUCCCUCCCAUGGGCCAAUACCUCCCUCCCAUGGGCCAAUACCUCCCUCCCAAGGGCCAAUACCUCCCUCCCAAGGGCCAAUACCUCGUCAAGGGCCAAUACCUCCCAAGGGCCAAUACCACCCUCCCAUGGGCCAAUACCACCCUCCCAAGGGCCAAUACCUCCCAAGGGCCAAUACCACCCUCCCAAGGGCCAAUACCUCGUCAUGGGCCAAUACCUCCCAAGGGCCAAUACCACCCUCCCAAGGGCCAAUACCACCCUCCCAAGGGCCAAUACCUCCCAAGGGCCAAUACCACCCUCCCAAGGGCCAAUACCACCCUCCCAAGGGCCAAUACCUCGUCAAGGGCCAAUACCUCCCAAGGGCCAAUACCACCCUCCCAAGGGCCAAUACCUCCCUCCCAUGGGCCAAUACCUCCCUCCCAAGGGCCAAUACCUCCCUCCCAAGGGCCAAUACCUCCCAAGGGCCAAUACCACCCUCCCAUGGGCCAAUACCACCCUCCCAAGGGCCAAUACCUCCCAAGGGCCAAUACCACCCUCCCAAGGGCCAAUACCUCGUCAUGGGCCAAUACCUCCCAAGGGCCAAUACCACCCUCCCAAGGGCCAAUACCUCCCAAGGGCCAAUACCACCAUCCCAAGGGCCAAUACCACCCUCCCAAGGGCCAAUACCACCCACCCAAGGGCCAAUACCUCGUCAAGGGCCAAUACCUCCCAAGGGCCAAUACCACCCUCCCAAGGGCCAAUACCACCCUCCCAAGGGCCAAUACCACCCUCCCAUGGGCCAAUACCACCCUCCCAAGGGCCAAUACCACCCUCCCAAGGGCCAAUACCACCCUCCCAAGGGCCAAUACCUUGUCAAGGGCCAAUACCACCCUCCCAAGGGCCAAUACCACCCUCCCAAGGGCCAAUACCACCCUCCCAAGGGCCAAUACCACCCUCCCAUGGGCCAAUACCUCGUCAAGGGCCAAUACCUCCCAAGGGCCAAUACCACCCUCCCAUGGGCCAAUACCACCCUCCCAAGGGCCCAAUACCUCCCAAGGGCCAAUACCACCCUCCCAAGGGCCAAUACCUCCCAAGGGCCAAUACCACCCUCCCAAGGGCCAAUACCUCGUCAAGGGCCAAUACCUCGUCAAGGGCCAAUACCACCCUCCCAAGGGCCAAUACCACCCUCCCAAGGGCCAAUACAUACCUCCCUCCCAUGGGCCAAUACCUCCCUCCCAUGGGCCAAUACCUCCCUCCCAUGGGCCAAUACCUCCCUCCCAAGGGCCAAUACCUCCCAAGGGCCAAUACCACCCUCCCAUGGGCCAACACCACCCUCCCAAGGGCCAAUACCUCCCAAGGGCCAAUACCACCCUCCCAAGGGCCAAUACGUCGUCAUGGGCCAAUACCUCCCAAGGGCCAAUACCACCCUCCCAAGGGCCAAUACCUCCCAAGGGCCAAUACCACCCUCCCAAGGGCCAAUACCACCCUCCCAAGGGCCAAUACCUCGUCAAGGGCCAAUACCUCCCAAGGGCCAAUACCACCCUCCCAAGGGCCAAUACCACCCUCCCAAGGGCCAAUAUCACCCUCCCAUGGGCCAAUACCACCCUCCCAAGGGCCAAUAUCACCCUCCCAAGGGCCAAUACCACCCUCCCAUGGGCCAAUACCACCCUCCCAAGGGCCAAUACCACCCUCCCAAGGGCCAAUACCUCGUCAAGGGCCAAUACCUCCCAAGGGCCAAUACCACCCUCCCAAGGGCCAAUACCACCCUCCCAAGGGCCAAUACCUCCCAAGGGCCAAUACCACCCUCCCAUGGGCCAACACCACCCUCCCAAGGGCCAAUACCACCCUCCCAAGGGCCAAUACCUCGUCAAGGGCCAAUACCUCCCGAGGGCCAAUACCACCCUCCCAAGGGCCAAUACCACCCUCCCAAGGGCCAAUACCACCCUCCUAAGGGCCAAUACCACCCUCCCAGGGAUCAAUCUCCUUCCCAGGGAGCAAUACCUCCCUCCCAGGGCCAGGAGCCACAAUGGAUUCACUACCAGAGGCCACAGUUGUACAGCUGGGAGAGGAGAAACCCCCACUGUGAUGGACCACUCCUCCCUAACCUACCCAAGUCCUGGCCUUAA